AGAACACCACCAGCAGUCAUGCAGCCCACCUUCGCGCGCGCCCAGCUCGGCGGCCUCGUCCCGCCCAAGAUUGCCUCCCCCAACCUUGUCUCUGGCGGCUCUGGUGCUGCCCUCCGCCCCCUCGUCGCCUUCUACUCCAAGCUGCCGAAGGGUGAGGCCACCGCCGCUUCGGGUGGUCUCAAGAAGUACUUUGUCGGCCGCAACGCGACCGCGAAGCCCCUCCUCGCGCUCAUUGUCGGCCUCUGGACCAUCGGGUACACGAUCGACUACCAGAUGCACCUCAAGCACCACAAGAACCACCCGCACUAAGCAGAGCGCAGCGCGCACGGUUGCUGGUUGCCGGUUUAGAGCAGUGUAGAAGAGGAAUCAACCUGUUGUGACUGCCCCCGCGUUCUGUUUAUUGUCUGCUCCCGCCCGACCUGCACCUCAACGUUCCAAGCUCUGCUGUCAUAUCUUACCUCACUCGCGCAUAGUCGACUUCGACUGCGCCUUGUCGUCGUCUGCGCCAUGCUUACCUCGCGUUCAAAUGAUCUCCGGAG